GCUAGCCAACUGAUAGGCUUCUUAGACUGGCGUGAAGAUGGCGCUGCUGCGACCCCUAGACAAGCUGCCGACCCUGGAUGUAGCCACCGUCCUCCUUCUAGGUGCAGAGGAGACACUUCUGGAGCAGCUGGGCGUGGCCAUUGUCCAGGAAUGUGAGAGCCCAGCCAAGAUCCAGGUGCACGUGGCCUCCCAUCUCCCCCUGCCCCCUGACAGGGAGUGCCUGCGGCCCCGCAUCGACCUCAUCGUCUUUGUACUCAGCCUCCACAGCAAGCACAGCCUGAGGACUGUGGAGGCAUCGCUGCCUCAUGUGGACGCCAGCUUCUUCCUGGGGAAGGUGUGCUUCCUGGUCACUGGAGUCAGAAAAGAGCCAAACACCAGCAUCCACAUGGACACCAUCAAGAAAAUGGCCGCCACCUACCACAGCCUCCUUCUCUAUGGUGACCUGGAGGUGGAGUGCUUCCGGGCCUCAGUGGCCCAGCGCCUCAUUCGAAUUCUGCAGAUCUGUGCGGGCCACGUGCCAGGCCUGUCGGCCCUGAACCUGCUGUCCAUGAUGAAGCCGCCCCUGGAACCGACCCUGCAGGAGACACCACCGAGCUCUCCCCCAGGAACCCGUCCAGACUGACCUCUGCGGCCUGGCCAGCGGCCAGACUUGGGCCCUGCUGCAGGAGGGGCUGAGAGGAGAGGGGAGAGCUGCCUGGGAGUCUGCCUCCUUCCCUGGGCUGUCUUGAGCGUUGUCACUCUGAGAAAUUAGGUUUAGGUUUAAUUAAAAAUGAACCAGAACAAAACCAGCCUAAUCCCCUCCUUUGCAGCCCCCCUGCUCCUGUUACCUUGAUGCGCUUAGGCCCACGGGAUAUAUUUCCCCGACAGAAAACCCCUCCUGUUGUGAACAGCAGCCAACCUAACAGUUUAAUAUGGAGCCAAAGAAAGAGCCAUCCUCUUCCUCAGUCUAAAAAAACUGAGUGAGAGGGUAGUCCUGGAAGGGCUGGACCAGGCUUGGGCCCUGAGGGGGGAAUCUUAUUCUGACAAAACUCUUAAUAUAAUUAUUAAUGUAGCAACAGAAAAUUGUUAAUACUGAUUGUAACAUGGGCUCAGUCAUCAUGACAAUAUCAAAAUUCCAUUAAGUCCUUACCCUCCUACCCCUAAGACAGUGAGAUUAGAUCCCCCCACCCAGGUAUCCUGCCUCCAAUCCUUGCCUGGAUUGCCAAGGGGUGCUGGGCUCAUGACCCAGCCUUGCUAGCCACCUCUCCUAAAACUAAAAACGCUUUUUCAUGGGUCUCUCUGGUUGGGAAAUCCACUGGCCACCCUCUAGGCUGGCAGGUCUGCUCCCCUGUUAUCUCAAUUAAAGACACUUUAUUCCUCAGCUCACGCCUUUGAUUUAUUUCAGUUGACAAUUCUAUACUUGUAAAGGGAGCUGGGUG